AUGGAAGAGCAGGACCCAGAAGGACCAGGAAUUGGCAAGAGAUUGAUGAAAGACCCCCACCCCAUCCAGGCGGGGACUGGUGUUGAAUUCUGGGAAAGAGCUGUGCUGGAGAUCAUGCAUCAGGACACUGGGAUCUCAGACAAACAACGCCAGUGCUUCCGGCAGUUCUCCUACCAUGAGGCUGCUGGGCCCCGGGAGAUGAGGGGACCAUCUGCGGAGAUGGAAAUGAAGUUCUCUGAGGAGGAGGGAUCUCCGUGGGAGGAACAGCAGAGGGCGCAGGCCCAGGAGCGUGCCCAGGAUGCCCUCUCACAUGAUACAGUCUCGCUUGGCACGAUCUAUGAUGAGGAAAUCUGCUUUUUCUUCCAGUGUCCAGUUUCCGUUGAGGACGUGGACGUGUAUUUCACCGAGGCCGAGUGGGCCCUGCUGGAUCCGGGCCAAAGAGCUCUCUACGUGGAAGUCAUGCUGGACAACUUUGGGAGCGUGGCCUCUCUGGGUAAGGAUCUUUCACAGUUGAUCCGGGUUGAAAGAAAACCCAACCCUGAUAUUGCUGCUGUGGUUGAAGCUGCUGUGUUUUUGGAUGCAGGGAUGAGGGGACCAUCUGCGGAGAUGGAAACGAAGUUCUCUGAGGAGGAGGGAUCUCCUUGGGAGGAACAGCAGAAGGUGCAGGCCCAGGAGCGUGCCCAGGAGGCCCUCUCACAUGGUGAUGUAGAGAAGACGGUUAGGGAAUUUCAGGGGCUUUCACUGGAAAAAGACAAAGACCAAGAGUCUGAAUGUAACUUCAGGGAUCAAGACAGACCACAGAAGGAGGAGGGAAGCCACACAGAGAAGACAAGGGGUAAUGCCCUUCCUUGCCAAGAAGGGCAUUUCUGUGAAGUAAUUUCCAUGGUGAAGGAAACAUACAAAGGCUUGGAGUGUGGACUGGACUUCUCAGAUGAAACUCAAUAUAAUAUCCAUCUGCAAAAGCACCCUGGAAAGGUCCAUAAAUGUCUGCAGUGUGGAAAGAGCUUCCUUUGUGGAGAAGAGCUCAUGAGACACCAAAGAAUCCAUAUAGCUGAGAAAAUAUAUAGCUGCUCAGACUGCGGCAGGAGGUUCUCAGAGAAAACAAAGCUUAUUCAACACCAGAUAGUUCAUUCAGAGAGGAAUCUUAAGGAAGCCUACUCAGAAGUAAACCCCUUUUUUCUCCAUGGGCCUUACCCCUGGGAAAGUGUUCUUAGUGUUGCAGCCUCAGGAGGGAAGCCAUUUAUCUGCUCAGAGAGUGGUAAGAGUUUCUCUGAUGGGAAGGCACAUAAAUGCUUUCCGUGUGGAAAGUAUUUCAAGUACAGAUCUGCGCUCCUUUUGCAUCAAAGAACCCACACAGAGGAGAAACCUUUUGAAUGCUCAGAGUGUGGAAAGAGAUUCACUGUGAGUUCCAAUCUUCAAAAGCAUCUAAGAAUCCACACAGGGGAGAAACCUUUUGAAUGCUCAGAGUGUGGAAAGAGAUUCAGUCAGAGUGGAAAUCUUCUACAUCAUCACAGAAUCCACACAGAGGAGAAACCUUUUGAAUGCUCAGAGUGUGGAAAGAGAUUCAGUAUGAGUUCCAAUCUUGAACAGCAUCUAAGAACCCACACAGGGGAGAAACCUUUUGAAUGCUCAGAGUGUGGAAAGAAAUUCGGUCAGCGUGGCAAUCUUUAUCAGCAUAAAAAAAACCACAGAGGGGAGAAACCGUUUGAAUGCUCAAAGUGUGGAAAGAGAUUCAGUAUGAGUUCCAAUCUUCAACAGCAUCUAAGAACCCACACAGGGGAGAAACCUUUUGAAUGCUCAGAGUGUGGUAAAAAAUUCAGUCAGCGUGGCAAUCUUCAUCAGCAUCAAAAAACCCACAGAGGGGAGAAACCUUUUGAAUGCUCGGAGUGUGGGAAGAAAUUCAGUAGGAGUUUCCAUCUUCAACAGCACAGAGCAACCCACACAGGAGAGAAACCAUAUAAAUGCUUGGAGUGUGGAAAGAGCUUUGCUUUGAAGGGAGAUCUUACUGUCCAUAAAAGAAUCCACACAGGGGUUAAACCAUAUAAAUGCUUGGAGUGUGGAAAGAGUUUUGCUGUGAAGGGACACCUUACUCGCCAUCAACAACUUCACACAGGGGAGAAACCAUAUAAAUGCUUGGAGUGUGGAAAUUGCUUUGCUCAAAGCUCACACCUUACUUGCCAUCAACAAAUCCACACAGGGGAGAAACCAUAUAUAUGCUUGGAGUGUGGAAAGAGCUUUGCUCGGAGUUCAUACCUUACUCGCCAUCAAUUAAUUCACACAGGAGAGAAACCAUGGAAAUGCAUGGAGUGUGGAAAAAGCUUUGCUUCGAAGAGAGAUCUUACUGGCCAUCAGCGAAUCCACACAGGGGAGAAACCAUAUAUAUGCUUGGAGUGUGGAAAGAGCUUUGCUCGGAGUUCAUACCUUACUUGCCAUCAAUUAAUUCACACAGGAGAGAAACCAUGGAAAUGCAUGGAGUGUGGAAAAAGCUUUGCUUUGAAGAGAGAUCUUACUGGCCAUCAGCGAAUCCACACAGGGGAGAAACCGUAUAUAUGCUUGGAGUGUGGAAAGAGCUUUGCUCGGAGUUCAUACCUUACUUGCCAUCAAUUAAUUCACACAGGAGAGAAACCAUGGAAAUGCAUGGAGUGUGGAAAAAGCUUUGCUUUGAAGAGAGAUCUUACUGGCCAUCAGCGAAUCCACACAGGGGAGAAACCAUAUAUAUGCUUGGAGUGUGGAAAGAGCUUUGCUCGGAGUUCAUACCUUACUUGCCAUCAAUUAAUUCACACAGGAGAGAAACCAUGGAAAUGCAUGGAGUGUGGAAAAAGCUUUGCUUUGAAGAGAGAUCUUACUGACCAUCAGCGAAUCCACACAGGGGAGAAACCCUAUGCAUGCUUGGAAUGUGGAAAGAGCUUUGCUCAGUGUUCACACCUUACUUCUCAUCAUCAAAUUCACACAGGGGAGAAACCAUAUAAAUGCUUGUAUGUCCUCUUUUGGGUGUCCCCACUUCUGUUUCAGGUGCAAGAGAUCAUGCAGGAGCGUUACCCUGGAGCAACCUUUCCAGGUGGUGCUAUGAAACCAGUGAUAAAUUCUUUGCCAUCUCUUUGUGACAAAGAAGCUUCCAUGAAGCCAGGUCAGGGUCUGGUGACGUUUGAGGAGGUGUCUGUUCACUUCACUGAGGAGGAGUGGGCUCUGCUGGAUCCGAACCAAAGAAUCCUUCACAUGGAAGUCAUGGAGGACAAUCGUCAGGAGGUGGCCUCUCUGGGACUUCUGAUUCCCAAACCUGAUUCCAUAUCUACAGUGGGAAGAGAUCCACUUGUCCAAGACCCAGAAGAAAGAGGGUCUGCAGAGGUGGAAGGUCCGCAGAAUACAUCUGAGGGAGAACAACAACAGUUCCUGUUGGAAGAAAAACAGCAGAGAAGAAACAGUGGAACAAAACUGAAGAGGGGAAAUGAAUCCUCUUCUCAAGAUGCUGAAUCCCAGGUCUUUGAUAUGCACAGAGGAAUCCACACAGGGGAGAAACUGUAUAAAUGCUUGGAGUGUGGAAAGAGCUUUGUUUGGAGUUCAGAACUUAUUUACCAUCAACAAAUUCACACAAGAGAGGAGCCAUAUAUAUGCUUGGAGUUUGGAAGUAGCUUUGCUUGGAAGGGACACUUGACUGUUCAUCAGCAAAUCCACACAGGGGAGAAACCAUAUACAUGCUUGGAGUGUGGAAAGAGCUUUGCUCAGAGUUCACGACUUACUUCUCAUCAGCAAAUUCACACCGGGGAGAAACCAUAUAAAUGCUUGGAGUGUGGAAAGAGCUUUGCUUCGAAGGGAGACCUUACUGUCCAUCAGCGAAUCCAUACAGGGGUUAAACCAUAUAAAUGCUUGGUGUGUGGAAAGAACUUUGCUCAGUCUUCACAACUUACUUCUCAUAAUCGAAUUCAUACAGGGGAGAAACCAUAUAAAUGUUUGGAGUGUGGAAAGAGCUUUGCUUUGAAGGGAAACCUUACUGGCCAUCAGCGAAUCCACACAAGCAUGAAACCAUAUGAAUGCUUGGUGUGUGGAAAAAGCUUUGCUCGGAAUUCACACCUUACUCGCCAUCAACAACUUCACACAGGAGAGAAACCAUAUAAAUGCUUGGAGUGUGGAAAGAGUUUUGCUUUGAAGGGAAACCUUACUCGCCAUCAAGGAAUUCACACAGGGGAGAAACCAUAUAAAUGCCUGGAGUGUGGAAAAAGCUUUGCUCGGAGUUCACACCUUACUUGCCAUCAAAGAAUUCACGCAGGAGAUAAACCAUAUAAAUGCUUGGAGUGUGGAAAGAACUUUUAUCACAGUAGCACUCUUCAAAAACAUCUAAGAACCCACACAGGGGAGAAGCCUUUUGAAUGCUCACAGUGUGGGAAGAGAUUCAGUCAGAGUGGCAUUCUUCACAAUCAUCUAAGAACCCACACAGGGGAGAAGCCUUUUGAGUGUUCAGAGUGUGGGAAGAGAUUUAGUCGGAGUGGCUAUCUUCAAAAUCAUCUAAGAACCCACACAGGGGAGAAGCCUUUUGAAUGCUUAGAGUGUGGGAAGGGAUUCAGUCACAGUGGUAGUCUUCAAAAUCAUCAAAGUACCCACACAGGGGAAAAACUUUUUGAAUGCUCAGAGUGUGGGAAGAGAUUCAGUAAUAGUGGCCACCUUCAAAGGCAUCAAAGAAUUCACACAGGGGAGAAGCCUUUUGAAUGCUUAGAGUGUGGGAAGGGAUUCAAUCAGAAUGGCACUCUUCAAAAUCAUCUAAGAACCCACACAGGGGAGAAGCCUUUUGAAUGCUUAGAGUGUGGGAAGAAAUUCAGUCACAGAGGCAAUUUUCAGCUGCAUCAAAGAACCCACACGGGUGAGAAACCUUUUGAAUGCUCAGAGUGUGGGAAGAGAUUCAGUCACAAUAGCCAUCUUCAAAAACAUCUAAGAAGCCACACAGGGGAGAAGCCUUUUGAGUGCUCAGAGUGUGGGAAGAGAUUUAGUCAGAGUGGUGCUCGUCAAAAUCAUCUAAGAACCCACACAGGGGAGAAGCCUUUUGAAUGCUCAGAGUGUGGGAAGAGAUUCAGUCAGAAUGGCGCACUUCAAAAUCACCUAAGAACCCACACAGGGGAGAAGCCUUUUGAAUGCUCAGAGUGUAGAAGGAGAUUCCGUCAGUGUGGCCAGCUUCAAAAGCAUCUCAGACUCCAUACAAGGAAAAGCCAUGCAACUGUUUAGCGCAGAGGUGUCAAAAUAAUUUUUUACGAGGGCCAGACCUGACAUAAAUGUCACUUUGUCGUGCUGAGCUAUGUGUGCCAUAAAAUGUGA